AAAAUAUAAUUAUACCGAAAUAUUAAGAAGACUACUUAAUAAAAUAGUGAAUGUGACAUAAGUAUUUCGCAGGUUUAUACCAAGCACCGGUAAAGACACGAGAUGGCGCAAGGAGCGAGAAGGGCACUGUUGGCUGUGCUCAUGGUCGCCGCUGUCAUCAUUCCCCACUUCACGGCACAACCACCAAGCGCGGACAAGUCGAUAGAAAAGGACCGCACUAACAGACAAACUGCAAUCAAGGCGGGCAAACAAGUGGCUACCACUCCGAAAUGGGGUUUCUUCGGAACUAUAUUUCAUCUUAUUUUGGAGCAAAUUAAUGACACAAAAAGUGCAUAUAAUCAGAUAACAGAUCAAGUGAAUACCCAGUUUGUCGACGAUACUGUAAGUGCAAGAACAAGAUUUUUUAAUAGUCUUUUUAAUGAAUUGCUUCACACUCGAGUAGUAGGACGCCCCUCGUAUUCGCGGUCAAAUAUUUUUUGAACUAGCUUAUUGUUAAAUAGGUAUAGAUUUAAAACGAAGAGUUUCACAAUUUAACGUGACAACUUAUGCAUGACAUUCAUGAGCAUUUGUGAUGUUCGUUCACACCGGAAUUGCGUAAUGUCCGACCUUGAUCUUUCACUGUUGCGAUUCAGAUUUUUGUAGAAUGAGCAUAUAGCUUGGGACAAUUUGAUAAUUUCAUAAUUAAAUUAAAUAUUUGCGUUGUUUGGCUCAAAGAUGCAAUCCAUUUUUAUUAAACUUGGUUCUCUGAGUAAAACCAAUUCCUUGUGCUCAUCAGCUUAAAGGUUACACUACCGUUACCGUCUACGUCAUUAGAGUUGAAAGUGAAGUAAUGACGGGACUAGCCCAUGAUAUGUUAAAAUACUGUCAAACUACCGUGACAGGAACAUAAAUUAUAGUGGAGUAGUGGAGUGAACCUAACCGAAAUGCUUAGUGCAGUAGCACUUCUACUUAUGUGCUGACCUUGAAUUCCUAGUGGGGUAAUUAUUUACAAAAUCAUCAUUUUAAGGUUGCAAAAAUUAAUAUGACUUAAGAUAACAAUAAUCAGUUAGUAACAAUUAACUUCUAAACUGUAAAGGGUAAAAACAUAAGUGUAUGAACAAAAAACCGUGUGAUACUAACCUACUCCUUGACAGCGCUAAAGUUAAUAAUUUACGUUUUUUCUUUACGUUUUAUUCUAGCUUUGGUCUACUUUAUAUAUUAAAAACAUCUUCUAUGCUGUAUUGGGAGACAAAUAAUCUCAUGAACUGAACUCGGAGAUAUAAAAACAGCAGAAUGUGACGUCUGCUGUUUUUAUAUCUCCGUGGCCGAGUGGUUUGUACG